AAUUAAACAUCUGUAUAAGAGGUUAGAUUCAGAUACAGUAAGGUUAUGUAUUAAAAACUUAGUUAACUGUUAAAAGAAAAUAUUAUACUGCAAUGAGGCUAACACAGAUUCUGUUUUCCAAAGUUGGAAAAUACAGUAAGGAUUUUUCCAACCUGCCCGACCGAUACAUCAAAAGGUCAAUGGAACAAGUUUACUGGAAGAACCCGAAAGGUCCCCAAUAUAAACCAAACGCAGUAGUACAAAGGAAAAAGUUUAAUUUCGGUGUUGACAGACCUUGGACGGCACAAUUCAGACAAGACAACAGCCCUGGAAAAUAUCACAGAAAAGUGUUUGUGGAACCAGUGAAGGAGUGGAGCUUCUUUAGAGGUGAUAGAGUGGAAGUGUUAGUCGGUAAAGAUAAAGGAAAGCAAGGUAUAAUUAAACAAGUAAUCCAGGAAAGGAAUUGGGUAAUUGUUGAAGGCUUGAAUUGUGAACUGGAGGUAAUUGGUGAUGACAAAGAAUUCGCGGGAGUGUAUGUACAAAAUGAAAAACCCCUUCUGGUGACCUCUGAAGUUGCUCUGGUGGAUCCUUCUGAACUGACAGCCACCCCAAUUGAAUGGAGAUAUACUGAGGAAGGUGAGAAAGUCAGAGUAUCCACUAGGACUGGCAGGAUUAUACCAAUACCACCUAGUUCUGAAGAAACUAUUGAUUACAAGACAAAAAGCACAUAUAAAGAACAACCCAAAGACACAAAGGCAGAUGAUGUCACAGAAAUUACAUUUGCUCCAAAAUUAUGUACAUUUGAAAUGGAUGUAAUGCAGAGUAUGGGUAUUACAGAAGAUAGAAUUCCACCUAAAUCAUAUUGGUAUUAGAAUAAAAGUUUGUUGUUGUUAAAUUUG